UACGUUAUUUUCUUUACGACAAAUAAUAAAAAAUUUGAACAUUUGAGGAAAAAAAUGACAGUCCAUCAUAAUAACUUUCGAUCCGUCAGUGUUUGACAUAUUAUGAUGCAUUUCGAUGAAAGUUCUCAUUUGAUAGCCGGUUGCGCGUGCCGCGCUAUGAUUGGGCGAUGAACUCUCUAAAUCCAGUAUUUUGUGCUCUCUAUUUGCACAUUCAGCCAGUGGCUGUCAAAGAUCUUAAUACUGAUGCGCUUAACCUCUACUUAUAGCAGAUAAGACCGGUAUUUUGGAAACCUGGCUCUGUUUAUGUGUCAAUGUGUUUGUUUACUUAAAUUUUUUGUUCGAUAAUUCAGUUUUUCGUGGUGUUGAUGCGAUUAUUGUAAAUUAUAAUCUUUUGUUCGUGUUUUCUAUUCACUUGUGAAUAGUGAUUUGUUUCACAGUGACGUUUGAAGAUUAAAAUGUCAUAUAUUUUUAUCAUUUGUGUCAUCUAAGAACGACGCAAUCAACAAGUAGAGCCCAGCUCGAUACUUAAAUCUAUUUUUGUGAAUAAAAUUUAUAAAAAUUAAAGAUGUUUUCCAUUCAGCAAUCAAUUGGAUUAUUAGUUUAUUUAUCAAGAUUAACCAAUAAAUUCACGAAAAAGCCAACACGUGAAUUAUUAUUUAUAUAUUUUUUACUCAAGAGAUUUCAAAGACUGUUAAAGAUGGAAUUACAAUUGUAUUGUUUACCUAAAAAAUUAUAUGUUACAUACAUAACAAAAUUCAAAGAAUGUAAUGAAAAAUUCAUAGAUGAUGGUUUAUAUAUUUUAUGUAACAACAAAGAUGUGGAUAAAUCAAAAAACUGGUUUUAUUUGUGCUCAAAAAAAUCUAGAAAAAAAUAUAAGGUAGCAGUUUUGUUUGUAGACUACCUUCCAUUAAAUACAAUCUAUGUAUCAGAAGUUUUAAAAAAUAAUCUAAACAAACAUUUCAAAGCAAUACCUGAAGAAGAUUCAACAUAUUUUUUAUUUUCAGUAAAUGAUGAAGCUAUAUCAUAUGCCACUGAAGUAAAAAUAUCAUUGAUAAAUAGUCCAUCUGAAUGUACAGAAGAACUGUUGAAUCAACUAUUGAAGAGUUACUUUUUAGUGCCAAAAUAUCUACGCCCAAAUGAUAUUUUACAAAUUACUGUCAAAGAUUAUGUUCCAGAAGCAACAUAUUGUGUAUCUAAUUCAAAGUUAAAUUUAUUAUUUUUUAAAGUAAAUGAUAUUCGAAUAGGAAAAGAUAAGGCCAAAGACGGUAGUUUUGUUGUAUAUGGUAAAACGUCACUUAUAGAAGAGAAAAAUAUACAUAGUUAUCUUCCAUGUAAAUGCAUCUGUGAUAUUCUUAAUGAAGAAAAAAUAAGUUUUUGUUCUUGGCCUCCAAUUUUAAUAGGUCAACUCUUGCAAAUCCAAUCAUGCGUUAUGCCUUUUUUACAGAAUGAAACUAAAAUUGAUGUAAAACCUGUAUUUCUUGUGGAGGGUCCGACUGGUUGUGGUAAAUCACGUCUUGUCAAACUAGCAGCAGAAACAUUGGGCUUAAAUAUAUUUGAAGCUAAUUUAAUUGAUAUUCAAGCCCUUACAGCAGCACAAACUGAAGCAAAAUUAAGAAUCAUUUUAUAUGAGGCAGAACAAUGUCUACCAUGUAUCCUCUUGCUCCAUAAUAUUGAGGUACUUGGCAUCAAUGCAGAAGGUCACAAAGAUCAAAGAGUCAUUGCAUCUUUCUCAGAAGCUUUAAAAAAAUUGUACAGAAAAAAGUUAAAUUUUCCUCUCAUUAUUUUUGCCAUAUCAAGUGAGUCAGAAAUGGCUAUAGAUACUGAGUCAACUUUCGUCGACAAAAUUACAAUCGAAAGUUUAACACAAAACGAAAGGAUUGAAAUAUUAUCUUGGGUCGCUCAAAUGAAUGGUCUAAAAUGCGAGGCUGAUUUACAAAAAAUAUCUAAAAUGUGUUCAGACUUCGUCCUCGCUGAUUUAGAAGCUUUAGUAUCGCACGCCACAAAGAGCCGCUUGAAACUUGUCGAUAGUACUCAAAAGCAGGAUGCUGAUUUGACUCUAACAACCGAAGAUUUCGUCAGUGCUUGCGAAUACAUGCAAUCAACGUUUGCCGAUCAGAUUGGAGCACCAAAAGUACCGAAAGUUCACUGGGACGAUAUCGGUGGCUUAGCUGAAUUGAAACGCGAAAUCAUGCGUCGCAUCGAGAUGCCUCUGCUCAAUAUUUCCGGUAUGAACAGAUCCGGACUUUUAUUGUACGGUCCUCCUGGCACUGGUAAAACCUUGUUAGCCAAAGCUGUCGCGACGGAAUGUCAGCUCCACUUUUUAUCGGUCAAAGGUCCGGAACUUUUGAAUAUGUAUGUGGGUCAGAGCGAAAAGAACGUCAGACAAGUUUUUGAGCGAGCUCGUGCGGCCUCGCCUAGUAUCAUCUUUUUCGACGAGCUUGACUCUCUGGCACCGAAUCGUGGUCGGUCCGGUGACAGUGGCGGAGUUAUGGAUCGCGUAGUUUCGCAACUUCUUGCCGAAAUGGACGGAUUAGAGAGCGAGGGUCGUGUCUUCGUGAUUGGCGCUACGAAUCGGCCCGAUCUGGUUGACCCUGCACUCCUGCGUCCCGGCAGAUUUGACAAGAUGCUCUACGUCGGCGUUUACUCCGAUGCUGCCUCGCAGAUCAGCGUCCUCGAGGCUUUGACCAAGCACUUCAAUUUGAAGAGAGGCGGAGAGGAGUUGAAGGAACUGGUGGAAAAUUUGCCGAGAAAUCUUACCGGUGCGGACCUAUACUCCGUCUGCUCGAAUGCCUGGCUGCGAGCCGUUAGAAAACUCAUGGUAAAGGUCGACAUAAAAAGAAGAGAUACCGUUUCGUCUGAUGAUGUUAUCGUUGAAUUGGAUGAUUUUCUUGAGGUAGUGGGAGAACUCGUUCCAAGUGUCAGCGAAGAGGAGCUUAAGAGGUACGAAAAGCUCAGAGAUGAAUUGUCGUCACGUGGUUGAGAAAUUUUUUAUUACGGUUUUUAUGGUUUUCUGUUCUUACGAUGUUAUACUUUAAGGUUCAAAGUUAUAUUGAAU